UGGUUUUUUUUGUCGGGAUUUGGUGUUCCUUCCUCCUCCACAGGCUGUCUGUCUGGGGGAAAAGCUAGCUUAACUUGUGUGAUUAAAGGGGCAAACCAGGCAUUCUGCUUUUAACUUGAAUGUAAUUGAUGUUUUGAUGUGAAUGAAAGAUGUUUUCUUCAGCCUCGGAGUCAUUCCCCGUCAUGACCUCACCGGACCGCCCCUCCAGUUGAAUGGGAUUCCUCAUCGCCUCCCUAGCUGUCGCUUGUUUGGGCACCGACUGUCUCUGCUGCCGCCGCCGCCGCCGCAACAGGCCCCCGGUUGUUAGGAUCCGCGAGCUUUUGGGUUCUCUAUUCAGUUCGUUAAUGGUUUAAUGCGCAACCAGCGUGUCUGAUCGGCAGAAGAGCGACGACGCCAAAAUCUCCGGUAGCCUGCGCGUCAGGGGCCUUGGCCAUGGGGGGAUCCAAGAGUAAACCCAAGGAUGUUGGCCAACGAACCCGCAGCCUCGAAGGCAACCUCAGCUCUGGAGGAGGAGCUGGCGGCCAUUACCUCAGCUCCAAUCAACAGUCAUUAACACCCAAUCGUAGUCCUAAUAUAGAUGGAGGUCUGGGUGGCAAUCAGCCCAUGACCAAUACCCCAGAGCUGGCCCUGUUUGGAGGUGUGGACAGUAAUCCUGUCACUUCUCCCAACAGAAUCACACUAGCAGGAGGUGUGACAACCUUCGUGGCCUUGUAUGACUAUGAGUCUAGAACGGCCUCAGACCUGUCAUUCAGGAAGGGUGAACGCCUCCAGAUAGUCAACAACACGAGGAAGGUGAACUGCAGAGAAGGCGACUGGUGGCUGGCGCGCUCCCUCACCACCGGAGAGAGCGGUUAUAUCCCCAGCAAUUAUGUUGCUCCAUCUGACUCCAUCCAGGCAGAAGAUCAUCUCAGACUGACUCUAGAGUCCAGGUGGUACUUUGGCAGAAUCACUCGCCGCGACUCCGAGAGGCUGCUGCUAAGUUUAGAGAACAGGAGAGGGACUUUCCUGGUUCGAGAGAGUGAGACCACCAAAGGUGCCUACUGUCUGUCGGUGUUGGACUAUGACAACACGAAAGGGCUGAAUGUCAAGCACUACAAGAUCAGGAAGCUGGACAGCGGAGGCUUCUACAUCACAUCCCGCACGCAGUUCAGCAACCUGCAGCAGCUCGUCAACCACUAUCGCAAGCAUGCUGAUGGGCUGUGUCACAGUCUAUCAGAGGUCUGUCCGGUGCUGAAGCCUCAGACUCAGGGCUUAUCCAAGGAUGCCUGGGAGAUCCCGAGAGACUCCCUCCGCCUUGACCUCAAGCUCGGACAGGGCUGCUUCGGAGAGGUCUGGAUGGGAACAUGGAACGGUACAACACGGGUGGCGAUAAAGACUCUGAAGACAGGCACCAUGUCCCCUGAGGCCUUCCUCCAGGAAGCUCAGGUCAUGAAGAAGCUGAGACAUGAAAAGCUGGUUCAGCUAUAUGCUGUGGUGUCCGAGGAGCCCAUCUACAUCGUCACGGAGUACAUGGGACAAGGUAGCUUACUGGAUUUCCUGAAAGGUGACAUGGGCAAGAUGCUCCGCCUCCCCCAGCUGGUGGACAUGGCCUCACAGAUUGCUUCGGGGAUGGCUUAUGUGGAGAGGAUGAACUACGUGCACAGAGACCUGCGAGCCGCCAACAUCCUGGUGGGAGAUAACCUGGUUUGCAAAGUGGCCGACUUUGGUCUGGCUCGCCUCAUUGAGGAUAAUGAAUAUACUGCCAGGCAGGGAGCCAAGUUUCCCAUCAAGUGGACCGCUCCUGAGGCUGCUCUGUACGGCCGCUUCACCAUUAAAUCUGACGUCUGGUCAUUCGGGGUCCUGCUGACUGAACUGGCCACCAAAGGCCGAGUUCCCUAUCCAGGUAUGGUGAACCGGGAGGUGUUGGACCAGGUGGAGCGGGGCUACAGGAUGCCGUGCCCAGCAGAGUGCCCUGAAUCCAUGCACGAGCUGAUGCUGACCUGCUGGAGGAAAGAGCCAGAGGAGAGGCCCACGUUCGAGUACCUGCAGGGCUUCCUGGAGGAUUACUUCACCUCCACGGAGCCUCAGUACCAGCCGGGAGAGAACCUGUAACUGGGCUGCACGUGGAAAUGUGCAUGCGUCAUGCAUGUGCAAAACUGAGCAUGCGCAUCUAAUACAGAGUGCAUGGACAUGGUAUGUGUGUGAGGGUUAUGUGUGUACAGUAUAACGGGGCAGAAAGCCGACUGCAUUCUGAGUACAGUCAGUAACUCUGAGGAGUAUCAGUGGGACAUCCGAUCCGACCAAUCUGCAAAAUUUCAGUUCCUGCCUCUUUCCAAAGUCAUUGUCAUGCUCUCCAACGUGUCAGCAGCUCUGAGGCAAUGUUUGUCAAAGUAAAAGACUAAACUGUGGUAUUAUUUUAGGGUUUGUCAUACAGUACUGUGUUAUUUUGUCUUGUCCGUGAAAUCAACACCCUACACAGCCAAGCCGGUUUUUCUACCUUCCUAGUGUUUUUAAGGUGGCCCUAAUGAUACACAUUUCCCAUGCACUUUUCCUUUGUUAACUCACCUAGUUUGCCAGCUUCGACACUGCAAUUGACCCCAGACUAUGACUAUGUAAAAUACUGCAGAUGGGUCAAACAUGGGAGUUCAGAGAAUAAAUGUUGGAUAUAAGCGUU